ACGGGAGGGAACACCACGUUCUUGGAGUGUCAUUUGGAGAACUCUCGCUGUCGUCCAUGCAAGAGCAAUUUCGCCUCCGUUUUAGUGCGUGGUUGAGAUUGAGAUAUUAAUUGGAGUACAACAUUUGGAGUCUUGAUCGUCCUCGCUUUUGGGGGUUGGAAUUCCUAGGGUGAAAAGAGGGAGCUGGUAAGAGGGUGAAGAGCAUUGAAGCUCCGUGUGCAUGAGCUACUCCCGUACGGUUUAGAGUCUAGACUUCGGAUUUCAUCGAGUGGUUUUCGACAGAGAUAGUAAUUAUUCUCCUAUCGUAUGAGACCGGUAUCAAGUCCCAUCAACCUCAGCGGACGACGUCAUUCCGUGAUCUGCUUGGUGGAGUGAAGACCCGCAUUUGCGGUCCGAGUUGAUUCAACUAGAAAUCAGCUAUUUGACGCACUAUUUGCAUGCAACUGUGCUCCAACUUGGAGGAAAGGGAAUCAAGAAUAUUUGAAAAGGAUUUUACUCCGCUGUACGUGGACUCGAGAGUUGGUGUAUUGUCCAAUCCGGCAACAUUCGGAUCGACACGUGGACCUACCUGAAGCGAACGAAAUUGCAUGGUGGACUUCACUAGGCCCGCAGGCACAGCGGCGAAAAGUUUAGAGAAACAGUGCGCGCUUGUUGGGGAUGUUGUGGAAGAGUGAUUGGAGUUGCAGAAAAGGAUAGGUGGACUAUACAACGGCAAGAUGCAAUGCUGCGAAUGAUGGAAUGAGAGGGCCAAGGACGUCAAAGAACUGCUGCAAGCAAACUAGGCCAGAGAAGAACACACAUGGAUGGAUGAUGGCAACAUUCUUUCUUAUCUUCAAUUUUGAAGUCUGGUUGUACAACCCAAUCAUCCUCACAUUCGCGGCGACUGGAGUCGUGGGUGACGGAUAUUUCAAGUCACGUGCGACAAUGAACACGGGCGACGAGAGUUGCGGGUGACUGAUAUCUUAGUCGCGGGUGACGGUGGUCACGAACGACGGUAGUCACGGGCGACUAGAGUCACGAAUGACGAAUAUUUUCAGUAACGGGCGACGGUGAUCACUGGCGAUGAGAGUCGCGGAUGACGGAUAUUUCAGUCGCGGGUGACAGACUUGUAUCACAAGCAGCAAGCAAAAUUCAUGCACAGUUUCAGCCAG